AGCGCUGGUCGCCCCAUGGAUCUCGAGCAUGGCAGCAAAAAGCCCCCCGCUGCACCGGCGGCUGCGGCGCCGACCCGCAACAAGCUCCUGCAGCUCAGGGACAGGCUGGUCGCCGUGCAGCCGGUCGUGCUGCGCGCGGCUGCGGCCCUGGCCGCGGUGGUGGCGGCGGUCGUCAUGGCGCUCAACACCCAGUCCUACACCGCGGUGGUCGCCAUCGUCGGCACCAGGCCGCUCACGCAGACCUUCACCGCAGAGUUCAGGGACACGCCUGCAUUUGUGUACUUCGUCAUAGCCAAUGCCAUUGCCGGUGCGUAUAACCUGGUGGUGCUGAUCAUCAGGCGCCUAACUCUGCGGCGAAGGACGGCGAGUUUGGUUGUGCAUAUGCUCGACAUGGUGAUCAUGGCUCUGUUGGCUACCGGUGCCGCCACAGCGGCCUCGAUGGCGGAGCUAGGCAAGAACGGUAACUUGCACGCGCGGUGGAACCCGAUCUGCGACAGGUUUGGUUCCUUCUGCAGCCGUGGAGGCAUUGCCAUCGUGUCAUCGUUCAUCGGUGUGGCCCUCAUGCUGGCACUGAACCUAUUAUCAGCUGCAGCCAACGCUCACCGGCCCAACAUGGCGGGCCAAUGAGUAGUCCGCAUCUCAGACAGCUCAUCCACAACAAUGCACUGUUUCUGCAUUUGGAUCUCACUCUGGUGGUCAAGGCAGCACAACUGUGAGUUGCUCUGAUACACAUGUGGGGGAGCUGGAUCACAGCAUGGAGUCCUGCCAAAUUUGGUGUCAAACUGUUCCAUGUUGCUUGGCCUGAAAUGGGUAUGCCAAGAAUUACACAAGCACAAAGCUGCGGUUGGUUAUGGAUCUUAAUUUGAUUAGAUCAGUUCUUGCAUAAAUUGUAUGAUCACGGUACUGAAUGUUUCCAAGGCUUUGUGGUGGUAAGUUGUAACAGGUAGUGCUAUAUAGAUGCUACUUUGCUUUC